UUGACUCCGUGUGUCACCAAGUAGUAAGUACGGGCUUAAACAAAGUAUUAUAUCUUACAAGGAAAUUCACCUGCAAUUUCCCACUCGCUCGGUAGCCGUUUGAAGGGAAACACCGCUGUGGGGACUAUUGCAUGACAUAGUUCUUAAGUUCUCGAUGCGAUGCGUUUGUUGAUCGUGUUGCUUGUCGUCGCGAGCGCGGCGUCCGCGUCCGAGCUGGACUGGUGGAAGACCGCCCUCAUAUAUCAAAUUUAUCCGCGCUCCUUCAAGGACAGCAAUGGGGACGGUAUUGGCGAUUUAAAUGGAAUCACACAGAAGCUGCCGUACCUGCAGCAGACGGGCGUGGACGCGGUGUGGCUGUCCCCCAUCUACAAGUCCCCCAUGUACGACUUCGGCUACGACAUCGCGGACUACCGCGAGAUACAGGACGAGUACGGCACCAUGGCCGACUUCGACAAUCUCCUCAACGAAGCUAAGAGUUUGGGCAUCCGCGUGGUGCUGGACUUCGUGCCCAACCACACGAGCAACGAGAGCGCGUGGUUCGAGCGGUCGGCGGCGCGCGCGGCGCCCUACGGCGACUACUACGUGUGGGCCGACGGACGCAACGCCACGGACGAGAACGGCACCGUCUACGCCAUGCCGCCCAGCAACUGGGUCAGCAAUUUUCGUAAAAGCGCCUGGGAAUACCACCCAGGCCGCGGCCAGUACUACUUGCAUCAGUUUGUGAUCGGACAGCCCGAUCUGAACUACCGAAGCGACAGUGUGCAAGAAGCGAUGAAGGACGUUCUACGUUUUUGGUUGGACAAAGGAGUGUCUGGCUUCCGCGUAGACGCAGUCAACAAGUUGUACGAGGCCGAUCCUAACAACUACGGAGGAGUUUAUCCCGACGAACCUCUGUCAGAGAUCCCCGGCCUAGGACCCGACGACUACGAGUACCUCAUCCACGUGUACACGGAGAACUUGAACGAGACGUACGACGUGGUGUACGACUGGCGCGACCUGCUCGACGAAUACAUCGCCACGCAGGGGGAGUACAAGAUCAUGAUGACGGAGACGUACGCCGACCUGUCGCUGAUGAUCAAGUACUACGGCACCAAGACCAGGAACGGCUCCAUACCGUUCAACUUCAGCUUCCUCGAAGACAUCACGAUGAACUCCACCGCUUGGGAUAUCAAGACUGUCAUAGAUAGGUGGAUGACUUACAUGCCGAGUGGGAGGGUCGCUAAUUGGGUGAACGGCAACCACGACAAGAGCCGAGUGGGCACGCGCCAGGGAGUGGAUCGCAUCGACGCCAUGAACAUGUUGGCUCUCAUUCUGCCCGGAGUCGCUGUCACUUACCAGGGCGAAGAGAUCGGCAUGGUCGACGGCUACGUGAGCUGGAACGACACGGUGGACCCCUGGGGCUGCAACACGGACGACCCCGUCGCCUACGCGAGCGUGUCGCGCGACCCCGAGCGCACCCCCUACCAGUGGGACGGCUCGGCGCACGCGGGGUUCUCCACGGCGGCCAGCACCUGGCUGCCGGUCGCCGACAACUACCUCACGCUGAACCUGGCGGCGCAGAUAGCCGCCCAGAAGAGCCAUUACCAUUUCUACAAAGACGUAGUAGCGAACCGGAAGUCGCCAGCAAUACAAGAGGGAGACUUGGACACGAAGGCUUUGUCGGAGUCACUCCUAGUCGUGACCAGACUAUUGCCCGGCGAGGCCGGCAUGCUGGGAGUAGUGAACUUGGCAGCAGAAGCUCAAACCAUAGAUCUGACUUCGCUCAAAAUACUGCCUUCUGACUUGGAAGUUGUGGCUUCGGGAGUAAACUGCGCACUCGAGAAGAAUGCCACACUAACGAAGAGCAGCAUCCCGGUGUCGGCGCACUGCGCGCUGCUGUUCAGGAGUGGGAUCGUGGGCGGCGGCAACGCUGCCGGCGCGCACUACCUGAGCCUCCCCUUGGUACUGCUUGUUGUAGCCACUUACAGCAUCACGGCUUGCUUCAGUUAAAUUGUGGAGGAACUAGUGUUAAAUACAACUGUACCAAAUGAAUUAUUUAUUAAAUGUAAAUAGUUAA